CCGAGCUGAGGCUUGUUGGACACGCGCGGACGGGCCCGUGCGGCGGCAGAGGGUCGAGGGGAUGUGUCGGCUCAACUCGUGGGACAAAUAAAGGGCAACGCGGGCAGGAGUCCGGGGAGCCCCCAGGCGCUGCCCAGGCAACCUCUGCCUUGAGACGGGAACGGACAGAGGACAAGACCACGGCCCCUGACCAGAGCCUCCGUCCCGGUCAAAUACACGGGUGGCUUGGCCAGGGCCAGGAGGGGGUGGCCAGCAGGUUCGGGGCGUGGUGGGACCACAGAGCAUCCAUAGCCAAGGGGUAUCCUUUAAAGGUGCUUGGUAGAUUUCCCUUGAUCACAAAGACAGCAAGGUCAGAGAGGGAGCAGUUCUUUUGUGAAAGCUGUUAGAUGACACCUACAGUAAUCAAAAGGAUCAACAAGCACAAACUGCCUAAAUUGUCUAGUGCUCACUGGCAUUUAGCAUCAGCAAGGACCACAAGCCAAUCUAUACUACCAAGCUUUGCUGAGGAAACUCUUUUCCUGUUUGCAGUAAAAAUGGCAGAAGAAACUCCAGACACUUCAGAGAAACUUGUUGUUAUCCACUCCAAAGCUCACAGAGAUACCAUUCUGGCUAAUUUUGAGGAACAAAGGAAAAAAGAUUUUCUUUGUGAUAUUACUUUAAUAGUGGAAAACGUGCACUUCAGAGCCCACAAAGCUCUACUGGCUGCCAGCAGUGAGUACUUUUCAAUGAUGUUUGUAGAUGAAGGAGAGAUAGGCCAGUCAAUUUAUAUGCUGGAAGGCAUGGUUGCAGAUACUUUUGGUGCACUACUAGAAUUCAUCUACACGGGUUAUCUCCAGGCCAGUGAAAAAAGUACAGAACAAAUCUUGGCUACUGCACAGCUCUUAAAAGUGAAUGACUUAGUAUGGGCCUUCACAGAUUAUCAGACGAACCGUCGCCCAAAUGAUGCAUUACCUGUCAUUUCUAAUAACGGGGCUUCUGUAGUUGUCUUGCCAAAUGACAAGAAAAAUGAAGAUCCACCAAAGCGAAAGCGAGGAAGACCAAGAAAAGUCAAGAAUACCCAAGAAGAAAAACUAGGGACAGCUUCUGUUGAAGAUGUACAGCUAAGAGAGAAUAAUUCUGUGCAGAAUAAACAAAAUUUUAUGAAAAAAGUUGCAUUAGAAGAAGCAGUUGUUGAUGAACAAGGUCCAGUAAGGAAAGAAGUUGAAGAAACUGAACAUGCUUGUGGGUCAGAUGCUGCUGUAGAUUUGUCAGCUGAAAAGGAUGAGAACUAUGAUCCCAAGUCUCAAGGAAUACAGAGCACUCAGAGUCGGUAUAGCAAACGUCGGUUACGGAGGUCAGUCAAGCUAAAAGAUUACAAACUUCUGGGUGAUGAAGAAGAGAAAGGACUGAUGAAAAGGACAGAUGGGAAAAAAAAGCGCACAGGUUCUGAAGCUCGCUGUAAAGACUGUGGCAAAGUGUUUAAAUAUAAUCACUUUUUAGCUAUUCAUCAGAGAAGUCAUACAGGCGAACGCCCUUUUAAAUGCAGUGAAUGUGGCAAAGGCUUUUCCCAGAAGCACUCUCUCCAGGUUCACGAGCGGAUGCACACAGGAGAACGUCCGUACACGUGUACUGUCUGCAACAAGGCUCUGACAACAAAGCAUUCCCUUUUGGAGCACAUGAGCCUUCAUACAGGACAGAAGUCUUUUACCUGUGAUCAGUGUGGAAAGUUUUUCAGCCAAAAGAGACAACUAAAGAGUCACUACCGAGUGCAUACAGGCCAUUCAUUACCGGAAUGUACCCUGUGUCGUCGCAAAUUCAUGGAUGCAGCUCAGUUAAAGAAACAUCUAAGAACACAUACAGGCGAGAAGCCAUUUACUUGUGAAAUCUGUGGCAAGUCAUUCACAGCAAAAAGUUCUCUUCAAACUCAUAUCAGAAUCCACAGAGGAGAAAAGCCAUAUUCUUGUGGUAUAUGUGGAAAAUCCUUCUCUGAUUCAAGUGCCAAGAGAAGACACUGUAUCUUGCACACAGGAAAAAAGCCUUUCUCCUGCCCAGAGUGUAAUCUGCAGUUUGCACGUUUGGACAAUUUGAAAUCUCAUUUGAAAAUUCACAUCAAAGAAAAGCAAUUGCAAGAAGCCAGUGCUGCCCCAAGCAGUAGCAGUAACUCAGAAGAGGUCAGAAAUGUUCUUCAGCUACAGCAGUAUCAGCUGUCCACAUCAGGAGGGCAAGAGAUUCAGUUACUGGUCACUGAUUCAGUACAUAACAUAAACUUCAUGCCUGGCCACAGCCAAGGUAUUAGUAUUGUUGCUGCUGAGAACUCCCAAAAUAUGACAGCAGAUCAAGGUGCUAAUCUCACAUUACUCACUCAGCCAUCACAGCAGCUGCAGAACUUGCUGCUUUCAGCUCAACAAGAACAAGCAGAACAAAUCCAAAGUAUAAAUAUGAUAGAGAACCAAAUAGAAACUGCACAGCCUGAGCAAAUGCAUGUCAUCACUCUUUCAAAGGAGACACUGGAACAUCUCCAUACACAUCAGGGACAAACCGAAGAAAUUCAUUUGACAGCAGGAUCUUCACAUCCAACUCGGCACAUGCAGCUGAGCCAAGAACCUAGUCAUCAGUCUCAUAUUAGCCCAGAUACAGUCCAGCCCCAUCAAAUUAGUGAAGAACAGAAUCAAAACAUACACAUGAAUGAAUCGGAUCAACAAUCUUUGUCAGUAAAUCAGCCAUCUCAUGAGCAUCCAAUUCAAGGUCAGGUUUUUUGAAAUGCAGGCCUGUGUUUUUCCUUGUUCCUUUCUUAAAUUGUUGUUUGCCACCACUAAAUUGAGCUGUAAGGUACUUCUCUGUAGGCAGUGGUCUACAUCAGGGCUGUCUAACAUAUAAGCAGCAAGGGACUAGACAUACCCACCAGGCUUCACUAAAAUCAGGCUGUGGGCUGCAUAGAUGCCCCCCUGCUGCAUUGUACAGGUGCCACUACCACCACUGCACCAUAUACCCACAUAGACAUAAUCUUACCCUCAGCCCCCUUGCAUUGCCCUUGGGGGAGGGCACAAAGAAGCCAGAGGAGGGAGGGAGAGCCUGGAGACUGCUGCUGCAACCAGAGCAAUAUGGUGAGUGGCAUCUGGGCAGGAGACAUAGCCAGUUGUUCAAUACUGAACUACAUCAGUGCUGUCCAAUUCAUGGCUUGCUGGCAGCCUGCAAGGGAUUGAUUUGUGGUCUGUGGGCUCCUACCUGGGCACCACUCAUCACUCCAGCUGCUGCCACCACUGGCGUUCCAGUCUCUUCCUCCCUCCUCCAGUUUCCACUUCCUCCCUCCACCUCUGGGAAUGGGGCAGUAUGGCCCACUGAGCCUGACAUUUGGGGGGCCCUGAAUGGUGGGGGGGCAUUGGGGUGUGUGACUGGGAGGGCCAGAGGAGACUGCAUGUGCAUCACAUGUGGUAUAUGGUCCCCAGAUGCUCAAAAGUUGGAUAACCUUGAUUACAGGUAUCACAUUUCAUUUCAUUUCUGCAGCACAUUAGCUAUCCAAAGUUGUAUUGAUGAUCAGUUUAUUUUGGCUCAUUUAUUUUUAGGGUUAAUUACUCUAGAUGUCUGCAUGGCCUCUCUGCAGAAGUCAAACUUAACAGUAUCUGAACUACUCUACCUUUCAACACAGGCAAAGCUUUUCACAAAAUUAUCACCAUUUGUCUUAUUCAAUGAGCUUGUCUCUCUCCAAGUUCACAUAUAACUUCCAGUGUCAUCAUUCCUUUAAGUUGGUGAAGCUGCUCUGCCUGGCCCACCAGGCUACCAACAGGCCACCAGAAGUUGGGCUGUGUGGCCAAGGGAGUGGCUUGCCACAGAAUCCAGGGUUCCUGGGCCCUGGUGGACAUGGCAGUCAGCAGCAAGAGGGUGAGCCCAGAGCGGAUACCAUCACACCCUCCAGCUGUUUUGCCCAGCACCACUGAAGCAGCCCUACUUCCUUGGCUAGUGGCCCAGCCACUACUGUAUGCUGCAUGCCCCGUGUCAGAGCUGUUACUGCUGUAUACCCCACGUGCUGCUGCCUUGGCCCAUAGUAGCGGCAGCAGCACCAGAUCCAGUAUGGGGCAUGCAGCAUGCAUCAGGACCAGAGCUGCCGCUUGCCACUGUGUACCAGGCAGGAACCAGAGCUGCCCCCACCAGAACCACGCUUUGCCCUGGGCUGGAUGCAGACCACAAGGAGCCCUGUGGUCCUAAUCUGGUUUAGGGCAGGAGGUAAGCUUGACACUCCUGCCUUAAGUGAAUUUUGAUUUAUGGAACACUACAUUUUCUUUUGCUUUUGUUUGAAACUGACUGGCUCUGGUACACCACUUCUUCAUGUUAUAGAAGUCUUGUUCCUGAGACAAAUGUUAAACCAAUGCAGUUAAUGUAGAGGCAACAGGAUGCAGUAGCUAAAGAGGAGUACAGGAAAGUCAGAGUUGUACUCCUGUAUCUGCCAUUGGCUUGUAUGACCUCGGGCAAGUCGCCUAGCCUCCCUGUGCCUUAGUUUCCUCACCUAUAAAAAUGUGGCUACUGUUUAACUGCCUCUGCAAUGCACUUUGAAGACUCUGCUGUAUGGUGCUGCAUAAGUGCAAAAUAUUAUUUCUUCCAGGAUUCUGUCUUGGCUUAGGAGCGAGUUUAUAUUUUCAAACAAUUUUUAUGUAUUUUUGAGUAUAGACUGUAACGUGACUUAAUAUAUGGAAAAGGUUAUACCUGGUCUUCACUGCAAGUGAAACAAAGAAUAAAGUCACAUAUGGCACAUCUCUUAAGCUUUUUAAAAGUAGCGUGGCUUUUUGUUAAUUAGAGUAGAUGUGUGCAGUUUGUCACUAAUGCAGUUGCCUGGUAGGGAAGAUGAGCUGAAAUCUUAUUGAAAAGACAUCCCAGAAAAGGAAGCUGGGGUAGGGCACGUGCUGCAGCUAAGGGUUCAGUUACUAAAAAUAUUCCUUAAUGUGUGUGUUAAAAUCCAGGUGAACCAUUAGAUGUCUAUCUGUUGCACUGCUUUUAAUUCUCAGUUACGGUCUAUUGCAGCUUCUUACUUAUUUUUUGUUUGACUAUUUAAAAAAAAAUAUUCCCAUAUGGCUGACUAUCCAAAUGACCAAACAGAAAGCCACUGAUCUGAAUUGGCAAUUCUGGGUGUUUGUCCAUUUGUAAAUUCAAAGUGCUGAGCUGGCCACUGGGAAUGUGCUGCUGUAGCUUGGCUUCCUUCAAAAGCUAUUGGCAUGUCAAUGUAUAUAAAAGUUGAUAUGGGGAGGUGAGGCAGUGGGGGUAAAUUUUAUUUUUAAAGAUGAAUUGUUCUCCAACUCCAAAAUUGCUAUUGUUGCUUUUAAGCUUACUUGUUAUCUAACUUUCCUCCAAAAAUGGAAAAAUGCUAUCUUGUUUAUGUAACCUGGAAAGCCUGCAACAAAAGAGAGCUAGAAUAUUUUAUAACUGAAGAUUUUUGAUGCUGCAAAAACUAAAAAAAUAUAAAUAAGUUUUUAUUUACCGCCUCUAGGAAAAUCUUGUUUGUUCUUCUUACAAAAUCAUGGUAUAAUAUUUACAUUGUUCUCCUGGUUCUUAAACCAUUGCAAGGUAACGUUUUGUUGACAAUACUGCUGUAUAUACAGCAUAUCCUGCCUUGUGCCACAGGCUUGUAUAACCUUGUGUAAGACUUCAAUCUCCAUUUCAUAAUCAUGUGAAUUCUAAAAUGCUUUAAAACAAGUUGCAGCUUUCUUUGGUUAAGCUCUAAGAGACUAUGUAAUGAAAGCAAGCUAAUUAUUAAAGUUUAAGAAAAAUGGUGUUUUCGAGUUGUUAAUCUUCACAUUAAUACCCAAGUUGUCACUAAUGUAUUGGUAUAACUCUGAUCAUACUACAGUGUUUUGCAACCUGCAGUCUGCAAGCCACAUCUCGCCCUCCGAGCUAGUGUCUUUGGCCUGCAAAGCCAGGGAGCCUUCUGUGGUGGGAAGAAGUGGUGGUGCUGCAAGGUGACUCCAGGGUGGCUGGAGUGGUGACUCUGGCUCCAGCUCUGGCAGUGUGGGUUAGGGUUGAGGUGGUACAUGUUUAGAACUGUAUUUCUCUAAAGCAGCCCUCACUGCUGACCCCUGUAUUGCAGUUAUGUAGCAGAUACUAGAUGUACCUGAAAUGGAAAGAUUUCUUAUUUACUACAAGUGCUUCAAUCAUUUGUAAGACUAGGAAUAGAACAGUCUCUAAAAAAAGCCAACAUGUGAACAAGAGAAUGAAUCACUAAUCUUGUACCGUUUUGUUUAAAAAUAGCAACUUCUUUUCUUUUGGUUGUUCUCAAGAGUGAGAAACCAUGCACUUUUCUCAUUGCCUAUAAAUUUUGUCUUUCGCUGGAAAGUUUGCACCACUCAUUUUGCUUCUCAGUGUGUAAAUUUCUAUUAAAAUGAAAAUUAUAAGACUUGGUAUUCUGUGUUCACACUCAUGUGAUGUUCUUUUUUUUUUUUUUUAAGAAUAGUGUUUUGACUGCUUUGGAUUUGGAAAAAAACAUCUUCAGCUUCUGUUUAGGAAGACUUCCAAAGUGAGCCUGAUUAACACAUUUUAAACAAAUGCCUUUCAUCCACCAUUGUCAUACAAACAAAAUGCUCCAAGUAUUUCCCCUGCACUAUUAAAAGUUCCUAAUGACUUAGCUAUCAUACAAAAGGUAGGGUAGAUUUGCAUCUAAUAAGCUAAAUCAGAGGUACGUCUCUGAUUUACGUAGUUAGUCUAUAAGGUACAAAUCUACCCUGCCUUUUGCCAGACUUCAGACUCCUGCCAUCUAACUAUCUCAACUAUCAUGUCACAUCUUGAUAAACAGUGACAUUAUUAAGAUUUGGGUUUUGGAUGUAA